AUUUACGAUUGAAAAAAUAACAAUUUAUUCCUGUUUUAUACUUUCUAAGUAUGAUUCUCUCUUUGGUACUUUUGAUCGUGUUUUUGAACGAUUUAGUUUCAAGUAUUCCUUGUUUAUCGAAUGAGUCUAAAAAAGACUUUGAUGUUGCGAGAAAAACUCUUGUAAAAGUACAGGAAGAUCUCCUCCAAAGUCUAAAUGGCCUUGAAAAUAAUCACAAAAAGACAAUCAAAACAUUAGACAAGGAGAUCAAAAAUGCAAUCACUAAUAUGGAGAAGACCAUCAAAAUGACAACUACAACAUUGGAGAAACAGAUUGGAACUUCUAAAGAUAUAUUCACAAACGUGGAACAAAAGUUAAAAAAGUUGGAGGAAGAUUUUAAAGUACUCGGAAGAGACUUUCAAAAAACCAAAUGGCACAAGUAUAAUGGUCACUGCUACUACUACAGUCAGGAAAGACAAGAUUGGUUCACAGCAGAGAGAAAAUGCAGAGAAACAGGUGGCUACAUUGCUAAAGUCAACGAUCAGGAAGAAAACAGAAGAAUUUUCCAACACAGGCCAGAUACAAAGGCUCAUUAUUGGAUAGGCCUGACUGAUCUCAAAGAAGGUGAGUGGCGAUGGAGUUUUGAUCAGUCAAAAGCAAAGUACACGACCUGGAUAUCUGGCUACGGUUCAAAAGGGACAGGUCAUAACUGUGUACAAAUUCCAAAUGGUCACGACGGGAAAUGGAUUGACUACCUCUGAUCACAUCAGGUAAACUAUGUUUGUGAAAGCAAUUUCUGCUUUUGAAGAGAUGAAAGGAACAAAAGCUGUACCAUUAGCACUAUAAAUAGAUAAAAUUAACUUUUUCUCUUAUUCUGUUACCUGCGUUUUAUUGUUAAAAGGAACAAGAC